UAAUAAAUACUUGUUGUUUAGAAAAAGGAUCACAGUACACAGAAGGGUAAUUCCAAGACGCAAAGCCGACUACGUCCUUUCUCUGCUUCCCACUCUGAAGGGCUGCCUGUGGCCCGCAGGGGAAGGUGACAUGUUGCCCUGGUCUCCGGGGCCCUGCGCCAGGGCUCCCGCCGCCCCUGCAGCCUGGUGGACCCCAGGCCUCUUCCCUCCACUCACUGUAGCCCCGGGCUCUGUCCGCACACCUCCUCCGUGGGCUGGUGGCCCCGGGCCGGGGGACUGGGCAGCGUGGAGAUGGGACAGCACACGGAGUCGGGAAGGGGCCAGAGCCAGCGAGCCCGCCCUCCUCUGCCCCUUGGCCUGGUCACCGAGUUAGGGGAGGCCGCUAGCACCCACCUCGGAGAGCAGCUGGCAGGAUGGACUCAACGACCGUGACAAGCACCCAGCACAGCCUCUCACUGGGGGCCAGGGGUGGUGCUCAGUGUGAGCUGCUGCCCUCGCCCUGCUUGUCGUCGGUCUUCACUGCCGCCUGCUGUCCCGGGGCCCAGCACGUGGGGCCUGACAUGGGAGCGUUCGGCACUGCCGCCGUGGAGGAGCUGGAGGACUUCAUCAACAACAUUAACAGCGUCUUGGAGUCGUUGUAUAUUGAGAUUAAGAAAGGGGCCACCGAGGACGACGGGAGACCCGUUUACGCGCUGGUGAAUCUUGCAACGACUCCGGUUUCCAAAAUGGCCUCGGAUUUUGCAGAGAACGAGCUGGAUCUGUUUAGAAAGGCUCUGGAGCUGAUUAUUGAUUCGGAGACUGGCUUUGCGUCCUCCACAAAUAUUUUGAACCUGGUCGACCAGCUUAAAGGCAAGAAGAUGAGGAAGAAGGAAGCAGAGCAGGUGCUGCAGAAGUUUGUGCAAAACAAGUGGCUGAUCGAGAAAGAAGGGGAGUUCACGCUGCACAGCCGGGCCAUCCUCGAGAUGGAGCAGUACAUCCGGGAGACGUACCCCGACGCCGUGAAGACCUGCAACAUCUGCCACGGCCUCCUCAUCCAGGGGCAAAGUUGCGAGACCUGCGGCAUCAGGAUGCACCUGCCGUGCGUGGCCAAGUAUUUCCGGUCCGCCCCGGAGCCGCGCUGCCCCCACUGUAACGACUACUGGCCCCACGAGAUACCAGAAGUCUUCAACCCCGACAAGGAGCGGGAGGCCGGGACCUCCAAGGCGAACAAAAAACCCUCGCGGUCCAGGCAGCACUAGCUGGCGGGCCCUGUUCCGAAGAGAAGCGUCAGCGUCUCCCGUCGCACCGAGUCCCCUUGCUGCUUCGUGUUCGCUCCUUAGCAGGUCUGGAAUAAAAGUUGCUAAGGA